AUGAAUGAAGUAACCAAAUCAUCAUCACCACAACUCGUGUCUUGUCCUCCGUCCCAAUUUCACUCCCCGUCCUUAUCUCGAUCGCCUCUCCUCUCGUUAGAUAAUGAUAUCGCUCCAGCGAAGACCCCCAAUAAGUCGCGCACCCCAUCUCGGUUCAUCACUCCCUUGGGAAGCCCACUCAGGAAAGCUUUGAGGCUAACCAAGCUCGACCCGCAUGACGCCUGGCUACCCAUCACCGAGUCUAGAAAUGGGAACGCUUAUUAUGCAGCCUUCCAUACCUUAUGCUCCGGGAUUGGGAUCCAAGCACUCGUCCUUCCCGUUGCCUUCACUGUUCUUGGCUGGACUUUGGGGGUCAUAUGUGUAUCAUUGGCAUUCAUAUGGCAACUUUACACUCUCUACUUGUUGGUGCAACUACAUGAAUCACCCGAAACAGGGCUACGUUAUAGUCGAUACAUGCAACUCUGUAAUUUAACCUUUGGGGAGAAGCUUUCAAAGGUUCUAGCGUUGUUCCCCAUUAUGUACCUCUCAAUCGGGACGUGUGUGGCUUUGAUCAUCAUUGGAGGUUCGACAUCCAAGAUGAUCUUCGACUUGGCUGCUUGUAGCGGUGGAACGGUUUGCACGAUGCACCGGUUGACUACGGUGGAGUGGUACUUGGUCUUCACGUGUGCGGCCGUGCUGCUGUCACAAUUGCCCAACUUGAAUUCCAUUGCCGGCGUUUCCCUGUUGGGUGCCACGACGGCUGUUGGGUAUUGUACCUUGAUAUGGACUUUGUCCGUGGCAGAGGGAAGGGUGGAAAACGUGUCUUAUGAUCCUGUUAGAGGCGGGAGCCAGAUCAGACAGUUCUUUAACGUUCUCAAUGCACUUGGGAUCAUUGCUUUUGCUUUUAGAGGACACAAUCUCAUCCUCGAGAUUCAGGGCACUAUGCCAUCGAGUGAAAAGCACCCUUCGAGCGUGCCAAUGUGGAAGGGUGUCCGUGUUGCUUAUGUGAUUGUUGCUCUAUGUUUGUUUCCUCUCGCCAUAGGUGGUUAUUGGGUGUAUGGUUCCAAGAUUCCUGCGAACGGAGGCAUGUUGACAGCUUUGUACGCGUUCCACGGGCAGGAUGCUCCCAAGUCUCUGUUGGGGCUUAUAAGCAUUUUUGUGAUUAUUAAUGCAGUUAGCUCCUUUCAAAUUUAUGGAAUGCCAAUGUUUGACGAUAUGGAAUCCACUUUUACUACAAAAAUGAAGAAGCCAUGUCCAUGGUGGCUGCGCGCCAUCUUUCGUGUCAUGUUCGGGUUUGGAUGCUUCUUUGUGGCUGUGGCCAUACCCUUCUUGGGAAGCCUGGCCGGGCUCAUUGGAGGGAUUUCUUUACCUGUGACCUUGGCAUAUCCUUGUUUCAUGUGGCUAAAGAUGAAGAAACCCAAAACUUAUGGCUCCAUAUGGUGGCUAAAUUGGACAUUGGGCUUGUUAGGGAUUGGACUAAGUGUUAUACUUAUUGCUGCGGGAAUAUAUGUUGUGAUAGACACUGGAGUUGAAUUUAGCUUCUUUAAGCCUCGCUAA